CACCAGAUCAUAUUUAUGAAUAGACUUUCAUAGAAUUAGAAGUAAAAUCGAUUUUUAUUUUAUCAGAUUUAUAGGACUAACAUCUGCUAAUCGCGCCGCACAUUCCUGAUGUUCGGAGUGUUUGGCAUGCGUCGCACAUAUCCUUUCUGAGUUCAUGUCACCAUGAUAGCCUCUUCGAUCUAGACAAUUUGAAUAGCCAGAGGACAUCAUCUGUAGACAUGACGGAUGCUUGGACAGGAACUCAAUCAUUAUCAAUCUCCUUACCAGAUUUACAGGAUUAACAGUUCGUACUGACAGGACCAGCCUAGUGAUGCUCGAACGAGAACACCACCUCAAUGCCAUCAGAUUUGCAUGAUAAACAUAUAGAUCGUUUAUCAGUAUAUCGGAUCGUAAGCUGAUGAGAUGACGUCACGAACACCACAGUUGGAAUGCUUCGCCAUUUUCUCUUAAAGCGUCAUAACACCUAACAAAACUAGAUGAGAAGUACGGAUAGCAUCGGAGACGGACAGGCGCGAGCAAGUGGUUUUAACUGUGGAUUCAUUUCGAGGCGGAAGAGUCAGUGGAAUAGCGAGGAUAUUGGGAACACUAUUCAUCUUCAGGAGGUAGGUCUACUGACAGAACCGACCUGUAAUGAGUCGAAAGUCCGAGGACCGUGGCAGCUCGGAGGAGCGCUACGAGGACAGGCCACUUAACCCGUGCCCAAAGAAGUACUUCCACCCCGAACCGGGGAAAUUAAAGGCUGUCAUAAUGUGUAUUGACCCGAAUGUGCAUUCAGAGAGGGCAUUUCAGUAUUUUAUGGAGCACCUCUACCGGCCUGACCACCUCAUAGUCCUGGUCCAUAGCGCUGAACACCCGAAGGCGUCUCUUGGUAAGACUUCAAAACAAUACAUAGCCCGUUUGAGGGAGAUAAGGGCCAAGGAACUUGCAGACCUGAAAGGAGUCACAUACGAACCCGGUGCUGGAACGGAUGAAGAAAUCACAAAAAAGGAGAGCGAUCUGAGAACCCUGGAGGAUUUCUUUGUUCACUAUAUGGAUAAAAGGAAGAUCCAAUACAAAAGUCGUUUCGUCUGGCAUAAUGGUAAAGCAGGGCAGGCCAUAGUCCACAUCGCCGAGGAAGAACGCGCCAUUUUAAUUGUGACGGGAAGUAGAGGACUCGGCAAAAUUCGACGAACCAUCCUCGGAAGUACGAGCGAUUACGUCAUGCACCACACAAACAUUCCAGUGAUGAUAUGUCCGAAGAAACAUGACGAUGUGGAAUAAAAAAUCGUCUCGUUUUACUCCGAUUAACUUAACUCUACCCUACUCAAAAAAUCCUCAUGAUUCAACCGUAUUUGCUGAUUUUCCAUGAACUUCAGGUGGAAGUGUGGAUGUCUCGUAUGCCACAACAUCAUUUUUAAUGGAAACAAUUGGUUGAUAUCUAAAUGUGUAAGAGAAUGAAAUAGUUAUGAUAAAGAUUUUGACGUCGUUUGAAUAUGUUACUCGGAUUUGGUCAAUAUAGAAAAUAGGAGACAAAGCACCUUGGUGUAGUUACACGACAUGUUGUCAAAUCAUUGAAGCAGCUGUCCGCAGGUUUUAGUAAAUGCUUGAAAUGGCUUCCAUAUACAUACGCGCGCUUAAGCGCCGGGUAUUGAAAUGGCCUCCAUAUACAUACGCGCGCUUAAGAGCCGGGUAUUGAAAUGGCCUCCAUAUACAUACGCGCGCUUAAGAGCCGGGUAUCACGCCCAAACGCUGAUCAACGUCACAUAUAUCACGGAGAUGGAGAUCUAGGCUUCCGCAGUUUUGUUUACGCGUAUUGCGCUUUUAUCCAGUGGAAAGUAAAGAGGAAUUAUGCAAAAUUUGACAGCUAUCGUACCCCAGAACUACGACUGCAAAGACGUGUUCUAAGAUCAAAUCAGAAUUAUUGUGCAAUUUUCAUCUACUGUUAACAACUAGCGUUAGUGUUUUGUACACAUAGACGGAUUGCUGUUGUUGUUGUUGUUGUUGUUGUUGUGUUAAGUGACAAGCAAUUAGAGUAGUGUACAAAAUAAACAAGGCUGCUCCUUGGUCA